UCUCUUCCAUCUAUAAUUCUUUUCUUUGACCCUUUACACACUCUCUCCCUUCUCUCCUUCUCUGUAAUUUCUAGGGUUCCUUUAUUCCACGUUCAUCUUUCUCUUCUACGAAGUCACUCCUUAAAUCUCCUCUCUCUAUCUCCCUUCGACUUUCAGUCUAUCAAUGGAGAGUUUCGCUUCCUUUCUUUCUUCGUCUUCUGCGUCGUUCGAUGAUCCGAUCAAAGUAGGCGUAGCUGCUUCAUCGUCAACUGGACUUGUUGACGACACUAUCGAUGAUGCGUGCAGCAUCUGUCUCGAUCCUUUCACUGAUCAGGAUCCCGCCACUGUCACCAGUUGCAAACAUGAGUACCACCUUCAGUGUAUUCUUGAAUGGUCACAGAGGAGCAGGGAGUGCCCAAAUUGUUGGCAGUUUUUUUUCUUGAAAGAUCCGGCGAGCCAAGAACUUCUAGCUGCGGUUGAGAGUGAAAGGCACUGUAGGUCAAGAAAUGUAUCUCAUUCUACUUUAACAACUCAUCAUCAAUUUCACGAGGAUGCAGAUGUCGAGCAGGAUGGCUCUUACUCUGAUGACUCUGAUUUUGAUGAGCAUAUUAUGCAGCAUUUUGCUGCUGCUGCUGCAAGCAGAGCACAUAAUAUUGACAGAAGAGUAAGGCAGAUAUAUUCUGUUGGUAGUCCUUCCCAAGUUCGUGUUUCCAGUUCUCCUGUAAAUCUACAUAGUUUGAGGCAAACCUACCCAACUUCUCUAGGAGAAUUUCAGAGUUUGAGUGAGUUAUCAUGUGAGGGUAAUUCACAUGUUUCUGGCUCAUCAUCACCUGUUAAUAUUCAACUUUUGUCUUCUGUUGCAAACAUGGUCUCCAGCACUGCUGGUGCUGGGAACAGAGAUUGCCCCUUAAAACCCAGACUGCCACCACCUCAAAGUCCACAUCAAACUGUUCCAACUGAGACACCUUCGUUCUCCGAGGCUAUGAAAUCCAAGUGGUCUGCUGCAUCAGCCAGAUGCAAGGAAUCAAUCUCAAAAGGUACUCGAGGUAUUAAGGAAAAGCUACUUGCACGUAAUAAUGCGGUUAAGGACUUGAGCAAAGGAGUCCAACGCGAGAUGAAUGCUGGAAUUGCACGAAUGAUUGAACGGUUAGAUCUCACACCGAAACGUACUGAAGCCUCUGAUGUGGAUGGUUUUCACAAAGAAGGAGGGACAUCGAAUUUCUCCUCAAAAGGAAAGGGCUUGCUGGAAAACAUUAUUGCUGACAAACCAACAGAAGUUGUUCCGCAUGUUUUGAACUCAGGCUCACCUUCACACAUGUCGGGCACUUUAGGUAGCCAUCUGCAAGUUUCUAAUGCAUAGGAAUGCAAUUGCUGCUGUGAAGAUAUAUGCAGUUGCUUGGGUAACUCUGUCUACUGCCGCAUAAUGCAAGUGACGUGCUGGAAAACUCCAAUUGUCGGAUUGCGUCCUGCAUCAUAGCGUAUGGGCAUGCUGAGUAGAAACAUUUGGUUUUGAACAGCCUAGUUUCAAGAGACUGAACUAUAGACCAUCUUCUUUUUCCUCCCAAUUGCCGUCUUUGCCUUUGAUUUUACUGGAAAAAAACUCGGACAUCAAACUUGUCAACGUGUCUAACAAAGUAAUUCUUAUUUACCACUUCCAUUGAUCA